GCUCACUUUAAGUCUGAUUAUGUUUAUAUCAAUGCUGUGGAUGACUGCACUAAGACCAGCAACAUGUGAAACUAACCCGAUCAGCUGCAGGCUGUGGGUUGAGCCGCAGCUGCCUGGUCUUUCAAUGAAUGGCGAUUUUAUAAUUGGAGGGAUUUUCUCCAUUCAUAAUUAUAUGAUAUUAGAACAAAGCAACUAUUCCACACAGCCACUGCAGCUACAAUGUUCUGGAAACGUGGACUUCAGAGAACUGCAAUUUGCCCGUGCCAUGCAGUUCGCCAUCUAUGAGAUUAACAACAGAACAGAUCUCCUACCAGGAAUCUCGUUAGGAUAUGAUAUUCACGACUCGUGCGCUGGAGUGCCGAUGGCCGUCAAAGUUGCGUUUGCGUUAGCAAACGGCGUGGAGACAGUUUUUAAUGUCUCUGAAUCUUGUUCUAAAUCUGGAAGUUCUGCUGUAACAGCUCUGGUAGGGGAGUCUGGUUCCACACCAACAAUGAGCAUGGCCAGAAUACUAGGUCUAUUUGGAAUUCCUCAGGUGAGUCACUUCGCAACCUGCGCUUGUCUGAGUGAUAAACGCCAGUAUCCUGCCUUCUUCAGGACCAUACCGAGUGACCACUACCAAGCUGCCGCCCUGGCAAAACUGGUAAAAUACUUUGGUUGGACGUGGAUUGGGGCCGUGCGCAGUGAUUCAGAUUAUGGGAAUAAUGGAAUGGCCUCGUUUCUAAAAGCUGCGCAGGAGGAGGGGAUCUGCGUGGAGUACUCGGAGGCCUACUACAGAACACAACCGCGCAGCAAACUGGAGAGAGUGGCAAACGUUAUCCGCAGAUCAACAGCUCGGGUAAUAGUGGCGUUUCUUGCUGCAGGGGAUAUGAGAAUUCUCCUGGAAGAAUUGGUGCGAAAUCCACCGCCUCCACUUCAGUGGAUAGGCAGUGAAACUUGGAUAUCCCAUCCAGAAUUUCUGCGGUUUAACAUGUGCUCUGGGGCUGUGGGGUUUGGGGUCCCUCGGUCAGUGAUUCCAGGCCUUCGUGAGUUUCUUCUGGAACUAACUCCAGCCCAAGCACUGAAAUCACCCUGGUUUACGGAGUUUUGGGAGCGCUCUUUUAGCUGUAGCCUAAAAAAACAGACGGGCUCAUCUGUCGGUGCGCGCGAAUGUGAUGGCAGUGAGGACAUCCGCGCGCUACAGAACCCGUACACAGACACGUCGCAGCUGCGCAUCACUAACAUGGUGUAUAAAGCCACGUAUGCCAUAGCGCAUGCCAUCCACGGUGCAAUCUGUAAUGAUACACAAUGCGACCGCACUAUUAAACUCUCACCGCUGCAGAUACUCGAGCAGCUCAAGAAAGUGAACUUUACUAUGAAGAAUGGCUUUCAAGUAUCAUUUGAUUCCAGAGGCGAUCCCGUGGCUGUCUAUGAACUCAUAAACUGGCAGUUUAAGAAAGAUGGGGCUUUGGAUUUCAUGACUGUGGGCCAAUAUGACUCAUCAAAACCCAGAGGCCAAGAGUUUAGUAUGAGUCGUGCUAUUAGCUGGAUGGGUGGACAGACCAAGGUGCCAGUGUCAGUGUGCAGUGAGAGUUGUCCCCCAGGUACCAGAAAGGCUGUACAGAAAGGAAAGCCCAUCUGCUGCUAUGAUUGUAUACCAUGUGCAGACGGAGAGAUCAGUAAUGCCACAGACUCUUUGGACUGUGAGCAUUGCCCUCCUGAGUUCUGGUCCAAUGAAAGGCGAUUCAGCUGCCUCCCCAAACCCGUGGAGUUCCUGUCCUGGGAGGACCCUCUGAGCAUCAUACUCACAGCAUUCUCUGUCUUUGGGGCCUUUGUGGCUUUAUCUGUGGCAGUGGUCUUUUACAAACACAGAACUUCUCCCAUCGUCCGAGCCAACAACUCAGAACUGAGCUUCCUGCUGCUCUUUGCAUUGGCUCUAUGUUUUCUCUGUUCACUCACUUUCAUUGGUGAGCCAUCUGGAUGGUCCUGUAUGCUGCGUCACACAGCGUUUGGGAUCACCUUCGUCCUCUGCAUCUCCUGUGUUCUAGGGAAAACAAUAGUGGUGUUAAUGGCCUUCAGAGCCACACUUCCAGGCAGUAAUGUCAUGAAAUGGUUUGGGCCUCCAGAGCAGAGACUCAGUGUUCUUGUUUUUACUCUUAUACAGGUCCUAAUUUGUAUUCUCUGGUUAACAAUUUCACCUCCAUUUCCCUUUAAAAAUUUUAAACACUACAAAGAAAGAAUAAUCCUUGAAUGUCGCUUAGGUUCAGCUAUAGGUUUCUGGGCUGUUUUGGGUUAUAUAGGGCUUUUGGCAGUACUGUGUUUUGUUUUGGCUUUUCUGGCUCGGAAGCUUCCUGAUAACUUUAAUGAAGCCAAAUUCAUCACAUUUAGCAUGCUCAUAUUCUGUGCAGUCUGGAUCACCUUUAUCCCAGCUUAUUUUAGCUCUCCUGGAAAGUUCACUGUAGCUGUAGAGAUAUUUGCUAUUUUGGCCUCAAGCUUUGGUUUAAUUAUUUGCAUUUUUGCUCCCAAAUGUUUUAUUAUUGUUUUUAGGCCAGACCAAAAUACCAAAAAGCACCUUAUGGGAAAAGUGCAAUCUAAGUCCCUUUGAAACCCUUACACACAAUUUGCAAAAGGAUACAUGGAGGUUGAGCCUUGAUAAAUGCUUGUAUUUACAUAAUGUUUGCAAUAUUCCUUUGCAACCAACCUAAUGUCAUGUUCAACUGCAGGGAUGGGAAAUUCUAUUCUGGUUUACCAGAUUCCUGCACAGCUUUGUGUCUCCUGUUUAAGCACAUCUUCUUUCAUUCCCUUGUAAAUUGCCAGGUGUAGUAGGCCUAUUUAAGCAGGAAAAACAGCAAAAUGUGCUGGAAUAAGUUUCCUGCUGCCCACUCCUCUUCUCCAGUGUGCAUAAGAUUCACAAAACCUGUUACAAACACAAUACAAACCCUUUCAAAUAAUAAUAAUAAUAAUAACAA